AUGGAAAAAAAGUAUGGUGUCAAUUUUGCUCUAAAGUUUUGGAAAAAACCUGAAUGUCGGACGAAUUGUUUGAGUCAGUCAAAUCUUCCUGGGCAGAUUGUUGAAGAGGAUGACUCUCCUUUUCCAACACACGAUGGGAAAUAUUUCUGGUCAAAGUUGCGUUUCGCUUCUUGUGAUGGCAUCUAUAGAUGGUUUCACUAUGAUCAAAUCCAUCGAAAUGUCUUUGCUCAAGAGUUAGCACAUGGAAGGUGGUACAUGCGAGAUGUGGAGACUUGUGAAUUUGAGGAGUUUUACUGGUCAACAAGAGCUGCUGAAGAAAUUGCAGAAAAAAAUCAAACUAUUGCUACUCAGCGUUUACGAGAAAAGGGAGCUCCCGUUCUUUACGUAAAAAGAGAAUAUCCUAGAUCAAAGCUUGUUUCCCGCGCGGUACCCACUAAAAUGUCACCUACUUUCCCAAAAGCGUUCGAUAGCUUUAAAAACAUGGUUUACAACUUCAAUGGAAAAGGGCAGCAGCUCGUCCCGCGUACCCCGUCUGGUUUUCCGAUUUAUCCUUCUGAUAGAAGUAGAGGACCACUCUUCCCAGUAAAUGUCACAACAAGAGAACCCGAGUUUCUCUACAAUGAAGACGGAGUAUUGGUGUUACCGGUGAACGAACGUGGGCUUGUCAUUCUACCAUGUGACUUAUACGGUCAAUUGAAGUUUCCACUUGAUGAAACGGGUUCCCUAAUUUGGCCAAUCGAUGAUGAGGGAAUGCCAUAUCCACCGGUGAAUGCACAAGGAAUUCCGACUGUUAGAUAUGAUGAAAAUGGUCUUCCGAUUCUUCCCUAUGAUAACUCGGGUGAACAAUUGAUAAUGUUCGAUCAAAAUGGAAUUCCUAUGAAAUUAUCCGAGUUUAGGCAAAAGUUUUCAGAAGAACAAGCAAAAAGUUGGGGUGGUGGGAAAUUGCCUCCACAUUUGGGGAUGCCUGUUGCUGUUGCUUCCGUUCAUCAAAGUUCAGCUCCGCCCAGUUCUUCUCGAGCUCCGGAUCCACCAAAUCCACUACCAUUCUUGCAAACAAAUGCUCCAAGUUUGGAAUUACCUGAAAUUCCUCCUGAAUACAAUUUGGCGAUGGCAAAACUUGCUGCUCGAAAUCUGACAGGGAAGUUUCAACUCGAGUAUUCAAUUGAAAUCAAACAUUGGGAAGAAGAAAUGGAAAAACGGAGGCAUGAAAUGAUGAAGCAGAAUUCGGAGGAGCGUGAAAAGUACGAGAAAGCAAGACACGAAGAAGAGGAACGAAAAAAGCGACUCAGCAGUUUCCUCAGGAAGAGUACCAAAGAACCUGUUAUUGUUGAAAAAAAGGAUACCAAGAGAACACGUGACCGUCUUCGCGAAGAAGAGGGAAAGAAAAAGACCGAGGCAGAGAAAGAAGUACAAAAAUACUACGAUGAGGCAACAAAGAAAGAAAUGGAAAAACAGAAAAACUAUCUGCAAGCAAGUAGUCCAAGUUCGACCGAUACUUAUCAAGGAAUGGACAGUCCCGAACAGCGACCACGAUCUCGAAAACGGCGUCAUCAGGAUGGGAAUGAUCACGUGAAAAGCCGAAAUCAACGUGUUUAUGUAUCUGGAGAACGAAAAGGACGAAACUCAUCUCAUCCAGAUGAUCAAAGAAGUGAGAGCAAAAGCGUCGACAGUGUUGCCACAGAAGACAAGCGUACACGCAAAAAGCGGGCAUCGUCGAGAAGUUUGGAAAGAUCUGAAAAAAGUCAAAGCGGAGAGAAGUCUCGAAAAAGGAAAAAGUCUAAGAAAAGCAACAAGCAUAAACGAGAAAAGAAACGAAAACGGGACAAGGAACAUUCCAAAUCCCCUCGAGAUUCAUCCAUUGAGAGACUAGAGUUUGAUUUGGAAGAUCGGAAAGUGCAUAAAGUUCAUGUUGAAGAAACAAAUGAGCCACUGAAAACAGAUCAAGUACUGCAGUCAGAGCCAGUAAUUGAUAGUCGUUGCUCUCCAUCUGUAAAGGAAGAGCCAGAAAAAACAGUUGACGAAGAAACGAGCAAAGAACAACCAAACGAUGAUUUAGCCGAUAUUUCUGUGGAAAUCCCGGAGGCACUAGAUGAAGAGGAAGAGGUUCGAAGACGGUUGCUAAUAAAGCAACAUGAGAGAAUCGCGGCUCGAAAAGCUGCAGAAGUUGUCAAGAGUGAACCUUCCAUCAAUACCGAGGCACCGAUCGUUGCAGUUUGUCCGAUCCAACCUCCCACUGCUCCCAUUCUGCCAAGCUCAUCUAGCGCUAAUUUGGGAAGUCAAGAAGGAAAUUGUGCAGAAGUGUUUACUCAAAAUGUUCCCUACAAUGAAACCACGCUCAAUUCGUUUAAGCAACUUGCAGACGGUUAUCUUCGUGAAAUGGAUAGUUAUCUGACUGAAAUCCGACGUGAACGAGAGCUUCUUCAACGCGAGCGGCUGAAACAUAAGAAAAUGCUGAUUCGAGCUAGGCUUUUGAACGAAGAUGAUAAUUCCGAUGAUGAAGAACAACAUGAAAGAGUGGCACAUCGAAAAGUGCUCCUCCAAAAUGAUCAAAGUAAUUCUGUAUCGAUACCUAGCUCCUCAAAAAUUUACAUCAAUCCGGCUGUGUUGCAGCGAAGAAACGCGGAAAGAUUCGGGAAA